AUGUCGGAAAGCGGAGGAGAUGAUGCAGAUGGUAGAAAGGGUGGAAAACGCGAGCUUUCUCAAUCGAAGCGCGCUGCUCAGAAUCGCGCAGCCCAGAGAGCUUUCCGUCAGCGUAAAGAAGGAUAUAUCAAGAAGCUUGAAGAGCAAGUUCGUGAUUUUCAUGCAUUGGAGGAUAACUACAAGGCAAUCCAUGCCGAGAAUUACUCUCUGCGCGAGUACAUCAUCCGACUACAAUCUCGACUCAUUGAAUCGCAAGGUGAAUUUCCACAACCACCACCAAACAUUAACUUAAGCCAUACAUCAACACACCCUCAUCCCCAACCACCCCAACAAAGGCAAAUGGAGCCAUUAGAGCACAUGCAUCGACAUGAACCACCCAUCGCCCCAAUGGCGCCAAUGGGUGCACUUCAACCGGCUGCCGCCAGAACUUUAGCAGCAGCCAGUCUUAAGCACCCUGGUGAAGAGCAGCAAGGCCAGCAACAGCAACAAUCAUAUCCUCCUCACCAAGAAAACAAGCGUUUCAAGGAUGACGACACUAAUGAUGAAAAUCUCAUUCGGUCACAACUGGGCGGUGGACAAUUGACCAAUGACGGUCUACCAACUUCCAUGUCCAUGUAA